AUGUGUCCCUCACGCAUACAAGAAUCGGCCAAGGAGACGGCAAGCUCCUCCGGGUCGUCAUAUCUCCCUCCGUAUGCCCCGGUCGGUGGAAUACCCUCCUCCAAUCACGACUUAUUCCCCUGCAUUAUCUUCUUGUUAUUGUUCAUCGUGGCUGCCGCUAUGCAUAUGUCCGUGUUCAGAUGCAACAGACGCCGCAACCACAAGUUCAUCUUUUCCGUGCUACUCUACGGCUUUUGUAUGGCCCGGAUUACGGCACUCUCGAUGCGUAUGGCCUGGGCAUCACAACCGAACAACCUUCGCCUUGAAAUUGCUGCCAACGUUAUGGUCCUUCUUGGCGGCGUGAUCCUCAUCAUUGUGAACCUCUUCUUUACCCAACGCCUCCUCCGCGCAAUUCAGCCACGCCUGGGCUGGAACCCACGUAUGAACAAGAUCUUUUGGGUCAUCCUCGGAAGCAUCGCCUCUGCCCUGCUUAUCGUCAUCGUCACGACGGUGCAUUACUUCUUUACCCUCGACGCCAAAACUCACCGCGCUGAGCGUAUCUUGCUGCUCUCCGGGAGCACUUGGCUAACCAGCUCAGCUUUUCUCCCUGUUGUCGCCAUUGGAUACCUCCUGUGGUCCCUUUUCAAGACCGCCGUGUUGUUGUUCGCUUCGACCCUGAAUACCCUAGGUGCCGGCUUCAGACUUGGGGCAAACUUUGAUGCACGUCCGCUCGGCCACGCGGCUUGGUACCACAGCCGCGCCGCCUUCUACAUCUUCAACUUCAGCAUCGAAACUGUCGUCGUGUAUGCUUACGCCAUUUUCCGAGUUGACAAGCUCUUUUGGGUACCGAACGGGGCCAAGGGACCAGGCGAUUAUGACCCUUGGCGAAACGCAGAAAGGAGAAGGAAUGAAAACAGGCCAAGGAAUGAAAACAGGCCAGACCCCCCAGCCGGGGAUAGGCCCGAGAAUAUACCACUGGAUGACCUCGAACGUGGCCGCCCGCGUAGCCGCCCCCGUGGCCGCCUGCCUGCAGCCGACGCGGAGCCUGAAGCCGAAGACCGGACAGCUGUACCAUCAUCCAAUGCUUCUGGUACUACUAAGCCACCCGGGCAGUCCUCCACGUCUGAGAGCGGGGCGCAGGCUUCGUCCUCUGCACAGGCUUCGUCCUCGGCAUCUGGAAUUAGAGCACCGGCUCCUUCUUCUUCACAGGCCCAGACGACCUCUGGAUCUGGGACCAGACCAGCGGUAUCUUCUUCACCUACGAAUGGGAAAGGGACGGGUGCUACGACCACCGACACGACGGCCGGGGCGGUUGUUAAUAUUGGCAACACUACGCAACCAGCUAACCUAACGACCUCUGGAUCUAGGCGAUUUCCUCUAACCAGACCAGCGGUAUCUUCUUCACCUGCGAAUAUGAGAGGAACGGGUACUACGACCGCCGAUACGACGGCCGGGGCGGUUGUUAAUACUGGUAAUACUACGCAACCAGCUAGCCUAACGACCUCUAGAUCUAGGACCAGACCAGCGGUAUCUUCACCUGCGAAUGGGAGAGGGACGGGUGCUGCGACCGCCAAUACGACGGCCGGGGCGGUUGUUAAUACUGGCAACACUACGCAACCAGCCAAUGGGCAAGAGCGUCACAUACGCUUCGAGGAGAACCCGGCGGCGUAAUAGAAGGCAAUGGAGAAGGCGGAAGUGGUUCUUCGGGCCAACCGAGCAUUAGGCCAGGUGAGUUGAGCUUGCAUCAAGUCUUCACAUAUUCUGUUUCAUUUGUCCUCGCACGACUUUGUUAUGGCCAUAUCUCUUCCUUGGUUGCACAUAUCACACACACCCGCCGAGCGCGGUAUAUAUCUUGGCUUUUUCCCCCCGUGUACUCUCCGCUUCGUAAGCUACAUCUUCGCGCUGUGUCUACAAGUAGCUCAUCCCCUUUACA